AUGCCCAGCAUGAAGACCAUCUUCGAGGCCCUGGAGGGUGACCCGCUGUUCGAGAAGCACGGGGACGCUGCCCUGCCGCUGGAGGAGUACCGCAAGCUGACCUUCCUGCGCUGCAAGCGAGUCUGCGAGUUUGGGCUCCUGAGCUUGGCGGACAUGAUACAGGCCCCCCUGCGGGUGCAGACGUUCCUCGACUGCCUGGGCAUGUACGACUGGUCCCUGGGAACCAAGUACGUCCUGGACAUGAUGAUUUUUGCUAUGGCUGUCUUCAACUCCGGCUCGAAGCGACACAUCCCGUACAUCGAGAAGGUCUUCAACAUGGAGAUCUUCGGCUGCUUCGCGCUGACCGAGCUGAGUCACGGGAGCAACACCAAGGGCAUUCGGACCACAGCGCACUACGAUCCCAGCUCUCAGGAAUUCAUCCUCCACUCCCCUGACUUCGAAGCCGCCAAGUUCUGGGUGGGCAACAUGGGGAAGACUGCCACUCAUGCGGUGGUGUUCGCCCAGUUGCACACGCCGGAUGGCCGCUGCCACGGGCUGCACUCCUUUGUCGUCCAGAUCCGGGACCCGCGGACCCUGCGCGCCAUGCCCGGGGUGAUGGUGGGCGACAUCGGCAGGAAGCUCGGGCUGAACGGGCUGGAUAACGGCUUCGCUGUGUUCCACAAGGUCCGGAUCCCCCGCCAG